AUGAAGAAGAUCCAUCUCUGCUUCCUGUUUUUGGUUGUAGUAGUGCCCUUGUAUCAGAGCCAAAAGGGUCUUGUUCCCCCGGGGGUUCAAGAAGUCGCCACCUCGGGAAACAACGCCACGGCAUCAGGAGGAUUGUUCUUUUGCGGUUGGAUCCAAUGGCAGAUAGCACAAGAAAUCUUUCCGGACUACGCUGUAAACGUUAUGGAAGGAUACGAUGAAGACCAUCGCAAGGAACUGGUUGCCAUAGAGCUGCACAAGGGUCAGGAGAACGCAAGGGUACCAACUGAGAACGAUAUUUUGGUGGUGGGGAUGUUUGGACCAUGUUCCGCUCCCAUGGAAGCUUUUCCUGGCAAAGUGCUCUUUGUAAAUGGCGAAAAUCGACGCAAGGACAUGACCCAGAAACUGAACCAAGGCCAAAGCAGUAACAGAGCCUUUCAAAUUGGAAUGGUUCGGGAUAACCCCGAAGGAGGCAAGCUUAAGGUCUACUUUAUGGCCAUGGCCUUGCUGUCGCUGCCGCCCACAAUGUGGAGACAACACGGACGGUUCUUGCAGCAUUUGACGCAACCCAAACCGACCAAUACCCAAAAGUAUCCCGGCGUCAUUUACAUGCAUGGAAAUUGCAAACCCUAUCGAGAACGAGCCAUUCGACAAAUCUCCCACAUUCUGCCCAUUUAUCAUUCGGCCACAAAAUGCAAUGGAACAACGCUAGGACAACCCACAACAACCGAGGACUACAACCCAAACAACUUUUCCCCCGUCCAAGAUCCUCCCACUGCAACAACAACUGGAAUGACCUUUUGGAUGUUCAAUCACAAUCUCUUUCAUGACUACCAGUUCUGCCUUUGCAUGGAAAACAUGCAUCGUCCUUUGUACAUUACCGAAAAGAUCUUGACGGGGUUCCUUGCGGGAUGCAUCCCCAUUUAUUAUGGCACGACCGAGAUUUUUCGCAUUUUCAACCCCAAGGCAUUUGUCUAUUACGAUAUUGACAAUGCUCAGCCAGCAUUGGAUCAAUUGGCGUAUCUGAUCCACAACAAAACCGCCUAUGACGAAAUGUUGUACCAACAACCCAUUCUGCUCCAUGGGCAAGAGACAAUUGACGAGUAUUUUGCCCUAUGGGAUGGAGGAGCACUCCAAAGGAAACUGAGAGACAUGAUGGGGUUGUGA